AUGUCAAACGCGGGUGUGGCUAGCAGGAAUUUGACCUUGAUGCCAAGAUAUCGAGAAAAUACUCGUACGUACAAAGAUAAAAAACUGCAACGAUUGGAACAAGUUCGCAAAAAUCUUAAUAUUAUGUUUAUUGAGCCGGAUGAGACACUUUCAGAUAAAGGCCCUGCAAUGACAUCUUUUCAAAGUACUUCUGAGACUGUUACAGCUGAAAAUAACAUGGAGAUGACUGGCCCAAUAAAUAACGAUCAACAGCAGCAAAAUUAUAGUGAAGCAUUGUUGGAUGUCAGGCCCCACAUUAGAAUUCGUACAUGCACGUCUAUCUAA